UUGACGUAUUACAUCCCGCCGACGGGAGAGGGCGGAGAGCGGACCCGGGAGUGGCGGACGACGCCGAGCCGCUUUGCCCGCGGUUAUCAUGCCGAGCUCGGAGGACCCCAACGCGGGGCCUGGGAGCGAGGAUGGGAGCGGAGCCGGUCCCAGACAGGCCGACGCGGACGAGAUGACGUGGUGGUAUCGCUGGCUGUGCCGGAUGGCGGCCGUGAUCGGUGGGGUGUCGUGUGCAAUUGCUGGAGUGUGGAACUGUGUAACAAUCAAUCCCCUCAACAUCGCAGCUGGGGUCUGGAUGGUGCUGAAUGCAUUUAUCCUUUUCAUAUGUGAAGCUCCCUUCUGCUGCCAGUUUAUCGAGUUUGCAAAUGCAGUGUCUGCAAGAGCUGAUAAGCUCCGCUACUGGCAGAAAGCUGUCUUCUAUUGUGGGAUGGCAAUUUUCCCAGUUUUCCUGAGCUUUUCAUUCACUACAUUGUUUGGGAAUGGAAUUGCUUUUGCUUCAGGUGUGCUUUAUGGACUUGCAUCACUUGGAAAAAAGGGCGAUGCCAUUUCGUAUGCCAGGCUCAAGGAUAGGAAAAUGGCUGAUGAGGAGAAGUUGACGGGAACUGUCACCGAUGAGAUGGCGAUGCAGUAGAAGAUACCGACUAGUUUUACCUCAUUCAACUACAGAUCAACAAACCAGCAGAACUUUAUAUUUAUAUACAGUACAUCCAAUUUAUACACUGCAGAGAGAGCCACUUCCAUGGGCUCUUGGUUUGACAUGCAAUCAAUCCUUCAAAAGAAUAGAAUUUCUCUGCUCUUUCUAAUAAUGUAAUUUUUAUACCUUUGCUUCAUUUAUGAGGAUAUUGGUUUUCAAACUUUGUUGAAACCUGCUGCUGACUCUAAAUCACAGGAGUCUGAUGGCUUGUUUAUACUUGUGAUUAUAGUUCAAAUUAUGUUGACUGCCUUGAGAUGGUUGGUUUGAAUGCAGCCCAGCAGUUGCUGCCUGGGGCAGUGCUCCACCCAUUGUGAUUGCCAGAUUACAACAUUAAUGGGGUUCCGAUCAUUUCUCAAUAGUACUGUUAGUUUAUAAACUACAGUUUAAUACAAACCUGCCUUUUGCUGUUUAAAUACAGGCUUUUUUUUUGGAUUUUCCUUCAUUGGAAUUGUAAUGCACUAUAAAUCACAUCAACAAUGUUUUCUAAAGUAGAGUUCACUCACACUCUUGGCAUAGUUGCCUCAAGUGUUCCAACACUCCUCAUACAGAAUUGCAUCUUCUAUAACUUGGGUGAACCCCACAAUGAUGGGAGUAGUUGCUCAAUAAUCCUUGCAUCCAUCUCCCUCACUCUCACUCUUUUAAGAUAUUGAUGACUAUCUGUACUGGUGCUGCUUCCUACCUUUGAACAGAGUCGAAGGUUUCAUCUCCUUUUGUUGGUUCCCAUCCUGCUCUCGUCUUCAUAUGUUCCAUCACUAAAUCUUCCCUACCCUUGAUUUGUCAAUCUUUCAGGAGUUGCCUUAGCAAACGAUACUCUGCAUAUUUUCUCUUGUUUGUGAUUGACUUAAUAUAGUUCUCAUAAAAGGUGAUUGGGCUCUCUCAUAGGUGUUACCUGGCCUAUUAGAUAUUGCUGUCAUUUCCUGUUUGUUUCAGGAUUGCAGCAUCUACAGUAUUUAAUUACUGAAAUUAGUGCUCCUUAGAGGAAAGCGUUAAUUUCGUGGUCACAUGACAUGCGGAAGUUUAUAGGGAGGUCCUACUGUGACUGUGUAAGGAUCACAUGUAAUUGCCAGUUAGGCUAUUCAGAGCAUGGUCACAAAAUCCUUUAUAUUCUGCUGUCUCCAUCUGGAGUAUUGUUGGACGGUGGUGUACAGAAAAGGAGAAACACGCACAUGAUCUUUAGAGAGCUGACUGAGUUCAUGCUGGGAAAAGCAAAUUUGAUUUGGCUGUGACACUGCCCGUAGUACAAUAGCUGAAGUGCUGUCCCUUUUGAAAUAGUGGCCAACUGAGUGAAGUACAGGGCUUGGGAGCAAACAUUUUUAGGAGAGAAAGGUAAAGCUGUUUUGAAACGAGCUUUGUUUUGAUUCAUUCAUUCUGUAAUUGUCGAUCAUGUGUGCUAAAGAAUGUCUGUUUAACUUUUACCUGAGACAAAGCAGAGCCUGACUCUCAGUACAGACAGGGAAAGCUUUUAAGCUUCAGCUCCUCCAUGAUACAACUGGUAACAAAAGUUAUUCAACAUUGAGUGACUUUGUUCCACACAUCUGUUCUGCACCGGAUGUCAGUAGUUCAUUCAGACUUGCCACUAGGUGCUAACACUGCCACAUAUCCCUUUUAAACAAAGAGCAGUACUGCAUGGAUACAGGUUCUUUGCCCCAACCACAAUGCUCACCGGGCGGCUCCCAAUUUCCUGCAAUUGACUCAAACUUCACUCUUUCAUGUACCUAUCCAGAUGCUUCUGAAAUGAUACUGUUGUAUCUUGGUGUCUACCUGAAACUGUAAGCAUUUUGUUUUGCAUCAGCCCUAAACCCUCUAGAGUAGAUAUUGCUGUCAGUUUUGUGAAGGUAUUUCUACUAGUCUCUAUAUCUCUUGGUCAAUAAUUCCAGGGCUACUGAGAGUCAUCUAUUGUGUCCUCUUUCACUAGUUUAAAAACAAACAUAUUUCUCAAAAACAAAGGGGAAACCUUAACAAGCAGCUUUGUGCUGUACUCUCUUGAGCUUCCUUUCUUGGUUGUUUUGUAUUAUGGAGCUCAAUGUCGCACAUGUUCCUUCAACCUGAGCCUUAGUUUUGUCAAGACUCAUCACACUUUGUUUCAGUCGGUGCCCAUUUUAUUAGGAACACCUGUACACCUUGUUUAUACGAGAUCUAGUCAGCCAGUCAUGUAGCAACAAUUCAAUGCAUAGGAGCAUGCAGACAUGGUAAAGCAGUUUAACUGUUGUUCAGAUCAAACAUCAGAACGGGGAAUAAAUUUGAUCCAAGUGACUUUGACCAUGGAAUGACUGUUAGUGCCAGACAGGGUGGUUUGAGUAUGUCACAAACUGCUGAUGUGGGGUUUUCAUGCACAGCAGUCUCGAGAGUUUACAGGGACAUCCAGUUAGUGAGAGUUCUGUGUUGAAAAAUGCCUUGUUAAUGAGAGGGGCGAAGUGAAUGGUCAUACUGACAGGAAGGUGUCAAUAACUCAAAUGACCAUGUGUUGCAACAGUGAUGUCAGAAGAGCUUCUCUGAAUGCACAACACAACAAACCCUGAAGACCACAUGGGGUUCCGCUCCUGUAGCUAAUAAAGUGGCCACUGGGAGUAUACUGUAAUCUUUGGGAUGAGUCCUCCAUACUGAUAGCAGCUUUUGCUCUGAUGUCCUUUAGCAGACCUAUGAACACUGACCUCAGUUGUUGCUAAAUAUCCUUUCUGGGUGGGAGUCAAGUGUAACAUUUAUUGUUGCCUGAUUAGUCACUGCCAGAUUCACACCUCAGUUUUUAGUGCAAUAAUUCUUCUGAACAUCACAUUUCUGAUUAUCAAAGAUGGUCAUGACUAAUGGGUUGGUACUGACUUUAGACCAGGCCAUUUCAGAAUGAUUUGAAGUUAUGUCUCUAGUCUUGGCCAAUUCUUGGUCCCCUGUGGAGGGGAUAAAAUGAGCCAGUAUCACUACUUCAACUCCUCAGCACUGCAUAUAUUCCUUUUAGCCAGGGAAUGGAUGCCUUCCAAAGGUGAUACUUAUCUUAAUCCAUUUCAAGACACACUUACAGCCUUGCAUAAUAGAGAAGGGAAUGUUGGCCGGGUGAAUAAUAACAUAUUGGUCAUGGUCAUAUUCUGACUGCAGUAAUUGGAAAUGGAUUAGAAAUUCUUGCACAUUUUAGUUUGUAUUGGCAUUGUUUACUUGGUAUGUGUCUAUUUAAAUUUAAAUACAUUGGAUAUUUUAUACAUUUUGUCCAUUUCUGACCAUUUACUGUGAAAUAAAAGACUUUACUGCACUA